AUGAUAUUCGAUGUUGCACUUUCACCAAAUCGACCCACACAUUCUCCGCUGAUCAUUACUUCCAUAAAACCAUCGCCGUUCUGCCAGCCGCCACCAGCGCUGUAUGUUCCACUGUGGUCUAUGUUUCAACCGGAUAUUGUUGUUGAUCCAGUUGCGGGGAUGAUGUAUCGGUUAAGCAUCUGCUGUGAUCGUGCGGUUGACGACAUUCCGGAUAAGUGCACCCUAAUCGAGUUUUUAAUUCACCGAACCAAUCAAAAAUCACUUGUUCUAACUAUGCUUCUCGAGUGCUUGAAGUCCAAAAUGUUACGACUACGGCAAGUUCGGAAGUUGUUUGACCUGAUUGUGGAAAAAUGUUCUCUCUCGUCAGCGGUUGUAGUCAGUCAAACAGAGUAUACAAAGCCGCAGCUGGUUCCCGUCGAUGUAAAGCACUUGCGCAUUGAACAGGCAGAAAUGCAGAGCAGCAUUUUCAUCCCAUUCAUGGCCAACUCCAAGUAUGUCGCUGACAUUAUGCUGCAAUAUCUUCGAAGUCUCCACCGUUAUGCUGUUCCAGUAGAGGUUAUCUUCGAUUCCAAACCGCUGGCAUUUCUUCUGCUCUCUUACGAAGCCAGAUGUCCGUCACUGUUCCAGUCCGGUAUCGACAUUCUGGCGCGACAGAAGGCUUGUGAUGAGAUCGUGGAGGUUUUGCUGGAAAGAGGGCAUGUUGUUGAUGCAAUGAGAUACCUUGAAACUCAGCACAUGGAGCCUAACAAUCUGAAGAUUUUCGACGUUGCCAAGCACCGAGAUCGGGUUACUCAGUAUGCUGUGCUGACAAGUCUAGCUUAUAGAAAAACAAAAGGUCAUGUUUUGAUCAUGAUUCAACUGCCUCGAUGUUAG